AUGAAUUUCAUUGACAAAAUAAUCAAAGAAUUCAAAGUUCAGCUUUACGACUAUAGUGAAUUCAAGAACGUCAAAUUAAUCGUUGAAGAUGGAUUCUGCCGAAUGAUAAAAGCAUACUGGCAUAACUUUGGAUUGACAGUCGCAUUAAAAAGUCUGAAACUUGAUGAAUUAGAUCGUCAAAUUGCCAUUGCAAAAGAGCUUCGGGUACUGUCCACUAUUAUGAAAUAUUUUCAUCCAAAUAUUAAUCAAUUUUAUGGAGUAGCUAAAGAUUCUAGUAACGACCAAUAUUUUUUAAUAUUUCAAUAUGCCAAUGAUGUGAUGGGGAGCGGAUUGCAUCAGUCUUAUACAUCGUCAGAAAAUGUGCAAUCCAAUGUGCUACCUAUAUCUAUAGUCCGUAAGAACGUGAGCAUAUCUUGUAAUGGUUGUAGAGAGUUAAAAAUUAAAUGUCAAUAUAUAGAUAAUGAUGGAUGCAGACGAUGCGCCGAAAAAAAACUCAUAUGUAUAUCUGAUCUACAAAAAAGGAGGGUUCCUAAAAAAUCAAAAAAAACCUAUGAAAAGCCUUUGAAACUUACCCAAGUACCUGAUUUAUUUUCUGAACGUUCAGAGAGUUUAGAAAGAUACUUUCUAGAAUGUAAUGUAAAAAGCUAUGAUUAUUCGCAGUUUAGCGACAUUAGGUUUAUUGAGAGUGGGAGAUUCGCUACGGUAUACUCAACAACUUUCCAAGAAAGAACGGUCGCAUUAAAAAGCCUAAACAAGAAUUUGCGCAUAGAUGAAGGAAUUAUCAGAAUAUUCGUUAGUGAGCUUAAAAGUCUUUCUAAUAUUGACAAUCCUAAUGUCGUUAAAUUUUAUGGAAUAUCAAGAGAUCCAAAGCUGGGCAACUUCAUAAUGGUGCUACAAUAUGCAAACGGCGGAACUUUGCGGGAUUAUUUACAUGCAAAACAAAAUAAUGGCCUUUAUAAAAUUACAUGGGUUGAAAUCAUACAAAUUGCGAAAGAGAUAACUAAUGGAUUGGAUAAUUUACAUCUUAAUGGAAUUAUUCAUCGGGGCUUGCAUUCUAAAAAUGUUUUAAUAAAUGAUGAACGAGUCUUGAUUUCAGACUUUGGCUUAGCUAAACAGCUUGAUUAUUCUAACUCAAAUACACAAGAGAUGAUAACAUAUGUUGAUCCACUAUAUUUUCUGUAUGAAAAAAGCUUUAAGCAUAACGAGAAGUCCGAUAUUUACAGUCUAGGCGUGUUGUUCUGGGAACUCACGAGUGGAACUCCCCUGUUUUAUAAUUUAUCUUUUACGGACAAAAUGCUAAAAAUUGCAAAUCAUGGUAGAGAAGAAAUUAUCACUAAUACACCUCAAGAUUAUUCCAUUCUUUAUAAGAGCUGUUGGUCUUCAGACCAAAAAAAACGCCCAACACUUAAAGAAGUUUCCAUAGUACUCGAAAAAUUAUCAACAGAAACAGACGUUGAAUUUAUCGUAAGUCAAAUAGUUCAAAUUACAGAAACUGACGAUGUUGAUAAAAAAUAUUCUGAAAACAAUCAGCAAAAUCCAUUAAAAUAUCAAGGUUAG